AUUCGCUCCGCCAACUUUGAAAAACGGCUUUGGGGUGACCUUGGCUUGCGUCUUGGAACGACCUUCAACACCACCACACACACACAGGACAACAGCGCGGGGAAGAGGAGAAGCGAGCCCCCCCCCGCCUGUUGUGCACUACACUCACCAUGUCGGCAGUGCAAGAGUCCAAGCGAUUGCGCCUCCAAAAGGUGCGACAACAAGAGAAAGAGUUUGCUGCGCGUUUGCGCAAGUCAUAUCAGCAACAAAAGAGCUCUGCAGACCGCAGAAAGAAGCGCGCAAAACAGCAACAAGAAGCGCAGGAACGCGCGAGACGACAACACGAACUGACGGACAGAUAUGAGGAGCUCAUCUCGCGGUUUGGAGAUGGACAUCAGCAAGCACGUGAGCUGCGCUCACAGCAAGACAGCCUCGUCAUCAGGAAACAGCAGCAGCUGGAGCAAGAGCGGCGAGUACAGCUACGAAGCGACAUGGCACUGCGACACUUGCGGCAAGAAUCGUGGCAGCAGUCGGCACCAGAGCGACAGCGUCUCGCUGCUCUUCAGCGUGCGCGAACCAUUGAGCGAAGACGCGCAGAGCAGAUUGCAGAAUAUGCCAAGAACCAUCCACAAGCACGAAGAGACUCAUGGACCACCGCCUCUGAAUCAUCGGCAUCGUCGCAGGCCACAAGCAGCGUGCACCAAGGCACCAGCCACGUCUCGUAUGCAAAGACCUACCACCACCACAACGCCUACGGCAAGGCGCACUACAUGAUCGUGCGCAAUCUGGCUGGGGAGCAGCAGGAGGCGGAAGAGGAUGCAGAGGCGGCCGCAGCGAAGACGGAGGAGGAGCUCAAGCAGGAGCAGAAGGAGCGGGAGCGCAAGAUGGCAGAGGCGCGGAAAGCGGCACGGACGCGUGGGCAGCGGGCAGCAGACCGGCUCCACCUGGACAUGACGCGACGGGAGCUGAUGCAAGAAUUGGAGCACGCGGAGAGGAUCGAAACACAGCAGCGCCUCAUGCUGCUCUCGCAGCGCACCGGCAAAGUCAUAGAGCCGCGCGAAUGGAGACGCGAGCAUCAGUCCAAGCAGCGAGCACUGGAGCGCGCUCUCGAAGACCUGUUGUUGGAGAGCCAAUAUGAGCCAUCGUCGUGUCCAGUGUCGCCGUCAUCGCAGCUGAAGGCGCGCGAAGCAAAACGGCGACUGAGCGGACACGCCCACGACCAGUCGUCACAAACGUUCUCAGAUGCGAGCGAGGGGUCAAGCGAAGAGUACACAGCAACCACGGCAACAGCAACGGCGAACACAGCGACAUUCCGGGAAGAUGGCCGCUCUGCUCACGUGCGUCGUCACCCUCAUCAGGCGUGGAUGCCGUGGUCACAGCAACGGUCACCUUGCCAACAACAGGUCAGCACUUCACUUCAGACAGACAACGCCCCCCAACAUGCAGAGCACACGGCCGCCACACCAGCACAGCCGCCAUCAACAGCGGCACCGCCGGCCAGGACGACGGCUGGCCGGAUGAAGCAGUUUCGUCACGGCGUCACGUCGCAGCAGCCGCAACACCUGCAGAGCACACAUGGUGGCGAAUCAACCCGCUUUGCUGGUGAUGCACGUGGUGUUGUUGCUGGUGGGCACAGCGCCAGCGGGUAUGGCAGAGGCGACAGCCCUGUUGCCGCUGCACCGGCUGGUGACAUUGAUGAUGAUGAUGAUGAUGCAGACGAAGAGAAUGAUGGCGAUGGUAGUGCGGACGAUGUUGAUGGUGAUUCGGUUGCACGGGAGGAAAUGGAGCGAGCAAUGACAGCGACAACAGUUGCGCCAGACAGCGUUGACGGAGGCAGCUUGCACCCGCGCCAACAACAUCAGAGGGGUGGUGUUGAUGGUGGCCAUCGCACAAGCGACGCAGGCGACCACAUGGCACAGCAGCACACGGCAACUCAUGAUGAUGAUGAUGAUGACGAUGAUGUUGGUGAGGAUGAUGAUGUUGAUGACAUGGAGGGGAUGCCACGAGCGAGUGCGCCCAUGCAGUCGCCGCAUGUGGCACCCCAGAUCACACCAGCCACCGCCUUCUCGCACAUGCACGCUGCCAUGAACGAAGCCGAUGCACAACAACAACAACAACAACAACAACAACAACAACAACAACAACAACAACAACAACAACAACAACAACAACAACAACAGGAGCGAGAAGAUGAGAAGGCGGCUCUCAACAUGUCGUGGAACACAAUUCGCUCACGUGUGCAGACAAUCUCACAGCGCCAGCAGCAAACGAAGCGAAGCCAGCAGCAGCGGCAGCGGCAGCAACAACGACAACAGCAUCGAAGGGCGAAGCUGAAGCAGCAGCCGCGUCAACACCUGCGCCGCCGUUACGACGGCGAGGAUGAUGAUGAUGAUGAGGAUGAGGGAGCAAAUAAAGGCCGCCACAAAGGCAAAGCAGCAGCACACACACCCGUCUCCAUCCUACGGCAGCAAUUUCACGCCAAACACGUUUCUCCUUUGGUCGGCACCAUCAGCGACAACGACAACGAUGGUGACGAUGAUGAUGCUCACGAUGAUGAUCAUGAUGACGUGAGCAACGCUGGCCGUGGUGGUCGUCGUGUUCACUAUGAAAGGGUCCAUGAUGUACGUGUCGGCGGUGUUGAUGAUGAUGAUGGCAACAACGACGACGAUGGUGAUUGGCAGUCGGCUCGAUCAGCCUCCAUGUCCGCCAGAACUCGACAGCGUGUCCGCUUUGUUGGCGUUGAGGACCACAGUCGCCACGUUCCCGUCCAGCUCGGAGGCACCGACUCUGCGUGGCAGGUGAUUGACACGUCACGGAGUCAUGUGGCAGCAGCAGCCACCUCGCGCGUGCCCUUGCUGCACGACGAGUGGUACAGCACGUUUGCUGAGCCGCUCUCAGACGCAUCAGCAUCAUCGUCGCCAAUCAACCACCACGGUGCGCACGAAGCUUCAAGCAGUGAUGGCGAUGGUGAUGGUGGCGGCGGCGGCAGCUUUACAGGACGACACGCGCGUGACAGGGGCGUGCGAGCGGUCUCUGUACCGAUUCAGGCAGCGAAGGAUGCGAGCGCGCACACGCAGCGCGUAUCUGCGCUCAUCUCCUCUCUCGAACGCAGCGCACGCUCAACGCAGCGUGGACGUGGACACGCGAGCGGUGAGAACGAGGACGAAGCCGUUACGACACAGGCAGAGAUGGAAUUUACAGCCACAGCGGUGGUACCACAAGCAGCACAACAACAACAACGACGACAACAACAACGACACCAGCAGCAACAGCAGCCGCAGCCGAGUUGGCAGCAGACGCAAGCGUGGCUGGCGACGGGUUUGCACGCGCACACGCGGGUAUCACAGAAGGAGUCUGCACAGGACAUUUUGGAGCGAUACAAGGCGUCUCUGCGGGUGCUGCAUCGAGAUGGUGGCACUGAUGGCAGUGCAAACCAUGGUAGAGAGGGUGAAGGGAGUGGGAUCGGUGAUGGGUAUGGAGGUGGUGGCGGGGCGGCAGCGCGAUCACAGAUGCGUGGUGGUGAUGACGCACCGAGCGACACUGCGCCCAUCAGCGUACAGCAUGCGCCUCCUGUUGCAGGCGACUACAUGCGACGAACGCGCCAGCUGCUGGCGCCAACGUCCAACGCCGACGACGGCGAAGACGCAGGCGACGAAGGAGACGGCGACGUUGAAGGCGGGCUGUCCUUUGGCGGCGUGUCGGACCUGUCAUCUGCCGCAUCUGAGAGCGGUGCUGAUGUCACUGGAGGCAAGGGUGCGUGGAUGAGUGGUGCUCCACGGAGUGGUGGUGUUGUGGAUGCUGGUGGCGACAGCAACGGUGACGGCGCUGGACACGGUGGACGCCAGCAUUCGCAAUGGCAGCAGCUCCAGGACGAGCAGCGAGCGGACGGACGUCGUGGCGGCGAGAGGCAGCGGCACCGGCUCAAGCAGUGGCAGCAGCAGCAGCAGCAGCAGCAGAUGGGUGGACGUGAUGUUGAGGUUGACAGCUUGAUGGCGCGGGACACAAGACACGCAGCCAUGCAGUCGCACUCAGCUGAUCAGGAGGUACAACCACAACAACAGCAACAACAACAGCAACAACAACAGCAGCAGCAGCGUCGUCAUGGUGUGCACUCGCCCGAACAGAAGCUGGAGAAGCUGAAGCGCCAGCUGUUUGACUUGCAGCACGCGCAGGCGCAGUUGCACAAUGCACACAAGCGGGUGCUGGCAGCAGAGGGGAACGAGCUCACAGCCCUACAGGAGGAGAUGGCUAGCAGUGGCAUGCGCCAACAUCACCACCACCACGACGACAAACGCCAGCACAACCCCCAUGACCAACAUCAGCAGCGCAGCCAGCAAGAGGGCCAAGAGCAGGACGCUGUGCGGGCGCACGUGCAGCAGCAGUUGUACGACGAAGCCGCCCACGUGCUUGCCGGUUACGGUGCUGGCGAUGAUGGUGACAAUGGCGAUGUGGACGAGGGCGGGCGCUCCGCUGUGUCCCGGUCAACAGAGGACACAGAAGCGUUUCUGAAGCGCGUGAUUGGCUACGAGCGCCCAUGUGCGGGCAAACUCUAUCCACCACGCCACAAGCAGAGGGGACACGGUGGACACGAUGAGGAUGCCAGUCAUCAGCAGCACCAGUUCUCCGGCUAUGCGUCAUCCACGACCGACUCUGAGUCUGUGGCGUCACGCAAGAUCAUCUCUGCACUCGAUCGCCUCAAGACGUCCGGGCUGCUGUACAUUGGACACACCCCGCCACGCAGGGCGGGCAUUGCUGGCACCAGUGUUCGGCAGGAUGCGUGAGCAAUGAGGUGUGACGACACUGUGGAGACACGGCUACAACAGAAAACCUGUUUUGUCCACACCACACCACACACACACAUGUUCAUUUCACACACAUGUAAACACACACAUUCACAUUUGCGCCCAAGCAAGGAACAAUAGGUUGUUGUUGAUACAUGGUUGUUUUGUUGGUAAGCACCAUUUGUGGGUCUGGAUUACGAGUGUUGUCUAAUAGUCAUGUUUCAGUACAAACGAAAG